UAUAGAACCCAAGGAAUAAGUGUUGGGAAAGAGAGGCGCCGAUCAGAAAGAAAGGUUCCUCUCGCCGCUGUGGAAAGCUUCUUCUCCUUGUAUUCAUCACCCUAACCUAUCAAAAGCAGCUUUCCGCAGCUUCCCCACACAAGUUCCACCAUUCACCAUGGCUCGCUCUUUCUCCAACCUCAACGGUCUCUCUGUUCUCCUCGUCAACGCCAUCUCCAGGCGUGGAUUCGCGUCGUCAUCGCAGGGAUUCGCCACAACCACCGCAAGGGCCGGAGCUGCCUCCAUGAGCGGUAAAGUGGCCAAGAAAUCCGUGGAAGAGCGAGUGACCGCCGAAAAGGAGUCGUGGGUGCCGGACCCCGUCACUGGUUACUACAGACCGGAGAAUACCAAGGAGAUCGACGUCGCCGAGCUGCGCGCCACGCUUCUGGGCAAGAAAUGAAUUUGAACCAGUUAAAUGAAACUCCGGGGUCCAGAUCGAUGGAUUGACCAUGUCGUCUCGUGUAUCUGGCCUGGAAUAGAACGAAAUGCACUUCUUAAACGGCGUCGCUCCGAGCUGGCUUUGGUGGCUAUAUGGCUACACAAAUCCUUCGGGGAUGUAGAUCUGGAAUUUCUUAUGGAUCGUGCGGUGAGUUCCUCUGUUCUCAAUCCUAAGAAACAGAGGACGAAGCCAUAUCGUUCAAUUGUAGUGUCCUUAUCUUUUUCCCCCUCGGAUUUUAUUCCAAUGUAAUUUUCGUUUUAGAAAUAAAUAGAGGAGUUUUCAUAAUA